GGCCAAAAAACAAAAUAGUGCCUCAUGCAUGUGUUUAUAAAUAAUUAACAUUUCCAUCGCUUGUUUAAUUUACAACCAAAAUACAAAUCAAUCCUAAUUUCCUUGUGAUCAAUUCCCAAGCUAGCAUAAGAGAAGAUGAGUGUAGAAGUGUUGGAUGGUGCCACCAUUGUCAACUUUGUGGAAGAUGAAGAAGCAUUCAGCCUCUCAAUUCGCGACCGUUUUGCUCAUCUCGACACCAACCACGAUGGUCUGCUUUCUUAUGCAGAGAUGCUGAAGGAGUUUCGGUCUCUGAGGGUCUUUGAGACCCACUAUGGCAUUGAUGUGAAGCCAGACCCCGAAGAGAUUGCUUAUGUCUACGACUCGCUGUUCGUGCAGUUUGAUCAUGACUCGAACGGGGCGGUUGAUUUGGAGGAGUUCAAGGCUGAAACCAAGCGGAUGAUGCUUGCUAUGGCCAAUGGGAUGGGGUUCUUGCCAGUUCAAAUGGUGCUGGAAGAAGAUAGCUUCCUGAAGAAAGCAGUGGAAAAGGAGUACUCCGGUACCAAAGUUUAAGCAGCUGAUUAAUUAAGCACUUUUAAUCUAUUGUACUUUUCUAUUUAAUUACGAAGAGCCUUCUGCAUUGUUGAUUUUUAUGUUCAAGUUCCAUCAAAAAUAAAUGAGGAUGAUGAGAUCGAAGAUAGCUAAAGUAAAUGUUUGUAAAAUUCAAUUACAAUUUUAUCUAAGUUUCUACUGAAUUUAUACAAAUUUUUCUUACCGAAA